UUAUGGCGGGCUUUUAAUGUCAUGAUCAAAUUUUAUAUAAAGUGAAUUCUGAGUCACAUAACAAAAAAAUUAUUUUUAUAUUCCAUUCUUAUGUAUAAAACUCUGUGCAAUUAUUAAUAGGAAUAAUGGAAAGUACUGCUCACGAUUCACAGUAUCAACGCCUUAAAGAGCUUAUUUAUGACGAAGAUAAAAUUGUAACCACAACAUCAUUAGCAAAAGAAUUGGAGGUUCCAAAAUCUGAUGCUCAGUAUCUACUUGAUGCCUUUGUUAGAGAUACCAAUAAAACAAACUCUGAGGAUUUGUACCUUACAUUUUUGAUAUGUGGUAAAUUGCUAAACAACAAAGGUGUUGGAAUUUAUCUUGCAGAGCAGAAUAAACUAAAUGAUAAAAGAAGUCUCUUUGACAACAUUUCUGGUGAGAUUGUUUAUAGUGUGCAGAAAGGACAACAUAUUGACUUGAAUGUAAUAGCAUCAACAAAUUCUGUCAGUGAAAAUGGUUCAGGUCCUCCACUUAUAAGCAAAAAUUGUAUUAAGAGAACUGUGAGAUCAAGGAAGUUACCACCUGUGCAGGCUACAGAUACAGCAAAAAAUGCUGCAAUAUGCAUCAAAAACUCAAAAGAUACUAGCACCGGAAAGUCACAAAACACCUUACAGCAAAAUGGAAAAGACUGUUCACAAUCGUCACAAAAACAGAAUAAGCCAAAACAAGGUGGUAUUGUGAGUUUUUUUGCCAAAGCAGCGUCAAAACCGCUCCAGAAUAGUGUUACAUUGACAAAUGAAAAUAAAACCAGUUUAAAGCAAAAAAUUGAGGUCUUUGCAGAACAUACUGCUAAGGACAAUAAUCAAGAAAAUAAUGAGAAUAAGCAAAUUACUACUGAAAAAAAGAUGGAUAUUGAGAACCAGGAUAAGGACACAAAGGUCAUAAAUGAUCAAAGCACUAGUAAGAAGAGAAAGAAAGAUAAUAAAAAUAAAGGCCCAAAUAAAAAGAGGAAACGUAUUCAAGAAGUUUGUGACUCGGAUAGUAGUGAUAUCUUUGAUAAUGAUGAAAAUGAAGAUAUAAUUGAAAUGUCAGAAGAUGAACCAGCACCUACUCCUAUUCCAAUUCCAGUUCCUGUUCCAAAAAACAAAAGAAGAAAAGCUGUUGACAAAACAUAUGUUGAUGAUGAAGGAUUUUAUGUUACAACAACUGAAUACAUCUAUGAGACUGCGUCAGAAGAUGAAGAAAAAGAUUUUUCAAGACAAAAGCCAGUAGAUAUAAUCCAGUCACAAAAGAAAACUGAGAAUACUGCUUUGGAGACAAAACCCACUGGAAAUAAAGGAAAAGUUGCUAAAAAGCAAACAAAUGUUAAACAGCGAACUCUCAUGAGUUUUUUUAAAAAGAAUUGAGAAUUUUUAAUUUUUACAUUGUCGUGUUAUUAGUAUUUAAAUAUUUAUAUAAUUGAACAUGAUUAUCACGUCUGAUAUUAACAGAAUUAGUUGAGUGAUGAAAUAAUAGAAGAGUGAUGUAGACGGAGCAUCAUUAUUAUGUCCUCAUAUAUUUUGGUUAAAACAAAAACAAAAAUAGUUUAAACAAUAGGUGUGAUAACAAAAUCAAAUAAAAUUUACUCAAACUGU